UGCUGUGUUCCAUCGUUUUGCUGACGGAAACGUGUGUAACUUAGAAUCUUUACGACCUAAAAGUUAGAAUAUUGUGUCGGAGAGUCAACUCUAUAUAAGUGAGCAGUUAUGUGUUUACUCUUUGUUAGUGUAUGCGUGUAAUAUACGUUAUUGGAACCAGCUUUUGUCAUUCGCCUUCGUAUAGUUGAACAACAAUAGAGUCCAUCAUGUCGAAAAGGACGAAGUGGGAUACCAAGGGAGAUUUAGACGAAUCAAAGAACCUGCCGAUCUAUCAACACAAGGCCACACUUCAGCAGGCUGUCAAAGACAAUUCAUUCUUGGUUGUCACUGGCGAGACUGGCAGUGGGAAAACGACUCAACUUCCCCAGUACUUGCAUCAAGCAGGAUUUUGGGGUAAUGGCAAGAUUGGCAUCACCCAGCCUCGGAGAGUAGCAGCCAUCACUGUAGCCCAGAGGGUAUCACAGGAGAUGCACUGCAGUCUGGGUAGAGAGGUCGGAUACCAAGUGCGCUUCGAUGACUGCACGACACAGGACACGGUGGUGAAGUACAUGACAGAUGGCUGUCUGCUGAGAGAGAUCCUGGCAGACCCUGUUCUGUCUCAGUACAGUGUGGUCAUUUUGGAUGAAGCCCAUGAGAGGAGCCUUAACACUGACAUUUUGCUGGGUCUGUUGAAGCAGACCCUCUCCAGUCCAGAUAAGGCCUCUAAGGGUCGCUCUGUCCCCCUGAAGGUUGUGGUAAUGUCAGCCACACUGGAGACAGACAAGCUCUCUGUGUUCCUGGGAGGUUGUCCUGUCUUCACCAUCCCUGGAAGAACCUUUCCUGUCACCUCCAAGUUUAGCUGUGCCAUAGGACCAAAAGAUACAGAGAGCUCUGUUUAUGUUAAAGAGGUUGUCAAGGUGGCAUUGGAUGUGCACACCAGUGAGAUGGCUGGGGAUAUCCUUGUGUUUUUAACAGGACAGUCUGAGAUUGAGAAGGCCUGUGACAUGCUGUAUGAGAAGGCUGAAUCCAUAGACUACCGUUACGAUGUGCAGGACCGUAAAGUGGAGGGGCUGCUGAUCCUGCCCCUGUACGGAUCUAUGCCCACUGAUCAGCAGAAGCAGAUCUUCCAGCCUCCCCCUCCGGGUAUAAGGAAAUGUGUGGUGGCCACCAACAUUGCAGCAACGUCCCUCACCAUCAAUGGAAUAAAGUAUAUUGUUGACAGUGGGUUUGUGAAGCAACUCAACCACAACUCACGGGUUGGCAUGGACAUCCUCGAAGUGGUUCCGAUUUCAAAGAGCGAGGCCCUGCAGAGAGCAGGCCGGGCAGGGAGAACCUCCGCCGGAAAGUGCUUCCGGAUCUACAGUCAGGAGUUCUGGGAGAAGUGCAUGCCGGAGUACACAGUUCCAGAGAUCCAGAGGACCAGUCUCACCGCUGUCAUCCUCACACUCAAGUGCCUGGGAGUUCAUGAUGUCAUCAGUUUCCCUUACCUGGACCGUCCAGAGGAAAGGUUCAUCCUAGAAGCAUUGAAACGGCUUUACCAAUGUGACGCCAUCGACAGGAGAGGUAAAGUGACCCGGCUUGGUGAGCUGAUGGUAGAGUUCCCCCUGCCCCCAGGGCUGACCCGGGCCUUGCUCCAGGCUGCCUCCCUGGGCUGUGAGGACCUCCUGCUGCCUGUAGCUGCCAUGCUGUCUGUGGAGAACAUUUUCAUCAGGCCAGGCCAUCCAGAGAAGCAGAAGGAGGCAGAUAAGAAGCACAGGCAGUUGGGAGUGCAGGCGGGCAGCUGUAAUGACUUCACCAUGCUGCUCAGUGUGUUUGAGAAGUGCAAGGCCAGUGAUGCCCCUUCAGCAUGGUGUAAAGACAACUAUAUACACUGGAGGGCGCUAAAGUCAGCCUUCAGCGUGGAGACCCAGCUCAGAGAGAUCCUCCUAAGACUACAAAAGAAGAGAGAUUUCCCUAUGGAGAAGUUUGAUGGCAAUAAGAGUGAGCUGUUCAGGAGAUGUCUAUGCACUGGUUACUUCACCAAUGUGGCAAGAAGGUCAGUUGGGAAGGUGUUUUGCACGAUGGAUGGGCAUGGAUCCAUGGUUCACAUUCAUCCAUCAUCAACGCUCUUUGACCAGGAGGCCCAGCUGGACUGGGUGAUCUUCCAUGAUUUGCUGGUCACCUCGCGGAUCUACAUCCGGACGGUGUGCCCCAUCCGCUAUGACUGGGUGAAGGACCUGCUUCCUAAGCUCCAUGAGGUGGAUGUGUAUGAGCUGAGCAGCGUGGCCAGAGAGGAGGUGACGGACGAGGAGGUGGCCAAGUGGGUGACCAAGGAAGCAGCUAAAAGACAAACUGAGGGGUCUGCUGAAGACGUGUUCAAGAAACUGGAGAAACGGAAUGAUGAAAGCUCUGUGAGUGAUGCCCGUGCUCGCUACCUACAGAGAAAACAGGAGCGGCAACAAGGCAAAGCAUCGUGAGAGAGGAGGAGGACAUUGGACACUUAUCCUCAGGGGAAGAAAGACUCAGUUAUUGGACUGACCAGGAUAGAAUAAUCUCCACUCAGGGGUUAAAAGCCUGUCUGUUAUAAUAAACUGCACAGGUGUUGUUCUGAACAAUGUUUUACAACACAGAAAUCUGAGAGUUCAGGGUCAAACAUGGUCCUUUGUAGCUCAGCUGGUAGAGCAUGGUGCUUGUAACACCAGGGUAGUGGGUUUGAUUCCUGGGACCACCCAUGCAUAAAUUGUAUGCAUGACUAAGUCACUUUGGAUAGAAGUGUCUGCUAAAUGGCAUUUAUUAUUAUUAUAUUUAAACAUACAUCAAUAAUGGACUAGGUGCAGAUAAUGAAUUAUCGUAGUCAUAUCAAAUGUCUACUACUGCAGAUGUUUUAUGCUAUGCGUUCUUUUAGUGGUAUAUUUAUCUUUUAGUUUCAUACUUAUCAACGUUUUUGUCUUCAGAGUAAAUAUUGCCAGUGGAGGACCUCUGCAACCGUUCUCUACUGGUUUUAGGACAGUUACAGAAUCACAUACAGUUUUCAAUAUGUCACCCAACAGUGUUGUCAAAUCAGCACAUUAGACAACAGGAUAACCACGGGCCAUUUAUUUUGUACAACUCUGCCUCUUAUGUAAUAAAGGUUCAUUUCGUAUUUC